AGCAACACAACUUUAAUCAUCAAAUAUUUUUGUCAAAAAAACUAAUAAAAACAUUCAAGGUUUUUUUUUUCUUUUUCGUAUAUUUGACCACCAACUCCGCAUAAUAAUGACUGCUUCCUAAAAAAGCUACAUCACCCUAUAUCAACAUUAAACAGGAAUUUUUGCUCUCAUGUCUUACAUUACUAGUAAAAUUUUCUAAUUAAAUUUGUUUAAAUUACGCUUUUUUUUAUUUGCCAAAAAACACACACAAAACCCUCAAAAGUCACACUCAAAUAGUCAAACCCCUAAGAAGACUCAAAAAAUGGCGCGCACAAAUGUUAUAUUAAAAAUUCUUUUCACUUUAUGUGUUUGGUCCUUUGUCAUAAUUGGCGUCUUUAAAAUGCAGGGCACAAAUAUAGUAUCACAAGAGUAUGCUUCAAUGCCCUUAAGUGGUCGUAUAUUAUUACAAAAGGAUAUGCUGAGAUUUGCUGAGACUACCUCAACGACUACGGAUAAGUUUGAUCCUUCAGAAAUAUUGGUCGAUAAUAGAACGGCCAUGGACGACGAACAGCUAGUACGUGAUGUUGAAUCGCGCAUACCCUCACUCCCCAUCGCAUACUGGAGUAAAAAUAAAAAUUUCCUACAACAAAAAUCUUCAACAUGUGCCAAAUAUCCCUCCAUCUUUGAGUUGGAAUUCAAUAAUAUUUAUUGGCAAACUAUGCGUACCUCGAAUGGUACAUUUCAGCUAUUCGGAGCCUAUUAUGAUAUACGUAAAAAUUCCCUAUUAGGUCCCUCAGUACGUAUACUAGGUAUGAUUGAUCGCAUUGAACCUAAAGUCAAGACAUAUUGUCAGUUUUGGUUUGACGGUCAGAAGGAACCGUUUAUAGUGAAAACUUAUGAAUAUAAAUAUAUCUGGUACAAUAAAUGGGGUAAUUAUAAGCAGGGUAUUUAUCAGCCUUAUUUGAUUGCCUGUCAAAUACCCAAACCCUUUCACGGUGUUGUACCCAGUUCGGUGUCGAUGGUAGAGAAAGAAUGUGAUACCGCUACUAAUAAUUUGAGAGUUAUCUAUAAUCGUCCCCCUGAUGAUCAGAAGAAGGGUUUUGCGGUUUGCGUUAAGGGUUUGGAUUUCCUGUAUGAUGAUUUAUCUGUACGUUUGAUUGAAUGGAUUGAAAUGUUAAAUAUAUUGGGUGCCGAUAAAAUCUAUUUCUACAAUUUACAAGUACAUCCCAAUAUCUCAAAGGUUUUGCAUCAUUACGAACAGGAGGGUAAGGUGCAAGUUAUACCUUUAACCCUACCCGGUGGUCAACCUAAUGUACCGGGUUUUCAACAUUUAUAUUUGACCAAGAAAACGAAUCAUAAACGCCAAAAUGAGGUUAUACCCUACAAUGAUUGUUUGUAUAAAAACUUAUACCUCUACGAUUAUAUAGCACUACUCGAUAUAGACGAAGUUAUCAUGCCUAAAGGUAAUUUCGUUUUAUGGUCCGAACUUAUGGCCAAAGUAGUGCCCGAAUCUUUAAAGGCCCGUCCAGAGGGUUAUCACAGUUUUAAUUUCCGUAAUGUUUACUUUUUGGAUGAUCAACAGCAUGAACAUGGUUGGCAUAAGGAUAUACCCAAAUAUAUGCAUAUGUUGCAGCAUGUACAUCGAGCCAAAAACUAUACGAAACCCAAUCAAUAUGUCAAAUGUUUCCACAAUCCCGAAAAGGUAUUAACCCUACACAAUCACUUUCCCUUGGCGUGUUUGGGUGGUGUUUGUAAAUCAUAUCCGGUGGAUAUACAAGAUGCUCAUCUUCAGCAUUAUAGAGCUGAUUGUGUUAAUACUUUGAAAAAAUCCUGUGAGGAAUAUAGAGAAAACUCCGUAGAAGAUAAAACCAUAUGGAAGUAUAAGGAUGAGCUAAUAAGACGUUCGGUUAAGACAUUGGAAACUUUAGGAUUCUUUAGACGUUCCUCGGCUACUACCUACGGUAGCGGUUUUGGCUCUACCACACACUCAACGGAACGGUGAUUACCAAAUCUUUGGUGGUCUCUAA